AUGGCUGAGGCCUCACUGCCAGUGCCAAGUGGAGCCGCGGAGGACACCCCCUGCCCCAGCAUCCUCGAGCUGGAGGAGCUCCUCAGGGCAGGGAAGGUCUCCUGCAGCCGAGUGGACGAAGUUUGGCCCAACCUAUACAUAGGAGAUGCGGUUACGGCCAAUAAUCGCUUUGAGCUGUGGAAGCUGGGUAUCACCCAUGUGCUGAAUGCUGCCCACGGGGGCCUCUACUGCCAGGGAAGCCCUGACUUCUACGGCAGCAGUGUGAACUACCUGGGCGUGCCAGCCCACGACCUCCCCGAUUUCGACAUCAGUGUGUACUUCUCCUCGGCAGCUGACUUCAUCCACGGGGCCCUCUGCACGCCUGGGGCCAAGGUCCUGGUGCACUGUGUGGUGGGCGUGAGCCGCUCUGCCACGCUGGUCCUGGCCUUCCUCAUGCUGCGUCAGCACCUGUCCUUGCGCCAGGCCGUGGUCGCUGUGAGGCAGCGCAGAUGGAUCUUCCCCAACCGCGGCUUCCUCCGUCAGCUCUGUGCGCUGGACCAGCAGCUGCGCGGCGCAGGCCGGAACUGA